AUGUACUGGUGGCCCAAGAUGUAUAAGUGGGUCGGUACCUAUGUACGCACGCGUGAGACGUGUCAAUGGACGAAGUCCGCGCCGAGUACGGCAGCGCCGUUAGUGAGUUUGCCUGCCCCCAAGGAAUGCUGGCAGUCCAUGAGUAUGGACUUUGUGUUUGGCCUUCCCAAGGAUAAGGCAGGAAACACGGGUAUUGUGGUCUUGUUAGACCGAUUGAGCAAGAUGGCUCAUUUAGCUGCGGUGUCGAACACAAUUGAUGAUGACCUGGGCAAAGAGAUGGACGCCAAAGAGCAAACAGCAAUCGUCGUACGAUUCAUCGCGAUUGUGCUCUAUUUCUCGGUCUGUGCUGGCACGUGCUGGGCGGAGACGAAGCAAGAUCAUGUGUUUGUCGCUGGGCAGACACUUUUAGCCGCUUCAUAUUACCGGGUUAAACGGCGUCAGCCUCUAAUUCUGGGCGAUAUCCAACACACUCUCGAAUCCGCCUCGUGCAGCCCAAGCUCUCUGCUCCCAACCUCCACGUCAUCAGUAAUGGCCUCUUCCGAUUUCUUCCGCGAGCCGUUCACGGUCAACAGUAAGAACGUCGUGUACACUGACGACGAGAUCACGUCGCAGUACACGUAUACCACCACGCGUGUGGAGGGCACGGUGGCUACUCCUGUGGACGAGAAGUUCACGUUUAAGACGCAGCGCAAGAUCCCCAAGCUCGGUGUUAUGAUCGUGGGUCUUGGUGGUAACAAUGGAUCCACGCUUGUGGCCAGUAUUAUCGCCAACAAGCAUCACAUCACGUGGAACACCAAGGAGGGUGUGCAGGAGCCCAACUACUUCGGUUCCGUCACGCAGGCCUCGACAGUGCGUCUCGGCACCAACGCCAACGGUGAGGGAGUCUACAUCCCGUUCCACAACUUGCUGCCCAUGGUCUCGCCCAAUGAACUAGUCAUCGGAGGUUGGGACAUCUCGUCUCUUAACAUGGCUGAGGCCAUGAAGCGCGCUAUGGUGCUGGACCACGAUCUGCAGCGUCAGCUCGUGCCGCACCUUGAGAAGAUCAAGCCGCUGCCGUCGAUUUACUACCCGGACUUCAUCGCCGCCAACCAGGCCGACCGCGCUGACAACUUGCUCAAGGGCUCAAAGCAGGAAAACUUGGACGCUGUGCGUCAGCAGAUCCGUGACUUCAAGCAGAGCAACAGCCUGGAUAAGGUCAUCGUUCUCUGGUCUGCCAACACGGAGCGUUUCUCUGACAUUGUUGAGGGCGUGAACGACACAUCAGCCAACCUGCUUGAGUCCAUCAAGGCCGGUGAGGCUGAGCUGUCGCCCUCCACCAUCUUCGCGGUUGCCUCCAUCCUCGAGGGCUGCUCGUACAUUAACGGUAGUCCGCAGAACACGUUCGUGCCUGGUGUGCUGGACCUGGCUGAGGAGAAGAAGGUGUUCGUGGGUGGAGAUGAUUUCAAGUCUGGUCAGACCAAGAUUAAGUCUGUGCUCGUGGACUUCCUUGUGUCGGCUGGUAUCAAGCCCACGUCUAUUGUGAGCUACAACCACCUGGGCAACAACGACGGCAAGAACCUGUCGGCACCGCAACAAUUCCGCUCCAAGGAGAUCUCCAAGUCGAACGUCGUCGACGACAUGGUGGCCUCCAACCGUCUGCUUUAUAAGGAGAACGAGCACCCGGAUCACGUUGUGGUCAUCAAGUACGUGCCUUUCGUGGGCGACAGUAAGCGCGCCCUGGAUGAGUACACGUCCAAGAUUUUCAUGAAUGGCAACAAUACCAUCUCCAUGCACAACACGUGCGAGGACUCGCUGCUGGCAUCUCCUCUGAUCCUAGACCUGGUGCUCGUGUGCGAACUCGCGGAGCGCAUUACGCUCAAGAAGGAGGGCGCUGCCGAGUACGAGCACAUGCAUUCCGUUCUCUCUAUCCUCAGCUACAUGCUCAAGGCUCCUCUCGUGCCUCGUGGCACACCUGUGGUCAAUGCGCUCUUCGCCCAGCGUGAGUGUAUGAUCAACAUCUUCCGCGCCUGUGUGGGUCUGGCGCCCGAGAGCCACAUGCUGCUUGAGAACAGACUGGCCAGCGAGAUUAACGCUCGUCAGUAAGUUGUAGACUGCCUGGCAGUACUGCUAUAAUACCUGCUAAAGCUCUUUAAAUUUGCAUUUCAGCGUA